AGCGUCACCAGGCGUUGUUGUUACCAGCACAGUCUUUGUAUAGGUGUAUAGGCAGCUCACCGUGCCGUUCACACUGGUUUUUACGCUUCUUUUUCUUGUAUGUGGGUAUUGUUGCCUCUCACCGCUUUCUUCUGAUCUCUUCUACUUGCGUUAAUAAGAAAUCAAUCUUUUUUUCUUUUUUCUUCCUGCGUUCAACAGUUAUCGUCUUCUCUCAAUUUCAGGAUAGCGUUUUAUCCUUCGACGUGCUUGUCCGCUGCACUCAUGACGCAGGAAAUUCAGCGGCAGCGGCACGUGCCGCUUUUGGGCACAACCAACCUCCGUAACCUCGGCGGCUACCACACCAACGACGGAACCAAGACUACCAAGUGGGGCGUCUUGUACCGCUGCGAUCAACUGGCCGAAGUCCCGCCCGAGAUGGCUCAACGCGUCUUGGUGGAACAGCUGCACAUCCACGAGGCCUACGACCUGCGCGGGGAGAAGGAGGUGGCGGCGAAGAGCUACGACAUCCCGCGCAUCACACGGCACGCCAUCCCGGUCGAGCCGUCUCAGAUCGAUGCCUUCAUCAAACGUGGCGAGGACAUGUCGAAGGGCGACGUCACAUUUCGCGCGAUGCAGGCGGUGUAUCGGCAGCUCAUCGUGGAGUACGGUGCUGUCUUCGGGUCCGUCAUCAAGAGCAUCUUGGCGGGCGGCCCGUCGCCGGAAAAGGCCGCGCUGAUCCACUGCACGGGCGGGAAGGACCGCACUGGGUGGGUGGCGUAUCUCAUUCUCACUCUGUUGGACGUCAAGGAGGAGGAGAAGAGGUCCGAUUACAUGCUCACGAACACCUACUUUCGGCGGCCAACAACGGCGUUUAAUUACUUUGGUAGCAUGGGCGCGGAUGCCAUGAAGUCCCUUUACCGCGUUGAUGAAGUCUUUCUAGAUACGGCGUUGGAGGAGGUUGACAAGCUGGGCGGCAUGGCGGCGUACGUGAAGUCGUACGUCGGUCUCACGGAGGAGGACAUUCAACAGCUGCGUAACACGCUAUUGGAGUAG